GCGCUCGUUCCAUCAGACAGCCAAGCUCGAGACGGCCAAACUGAGGAAGAACUGUAGGAGCAAAACCUUGCUGAUGAUCAAGGACUUGAACAGGGAUCGAACCACCCCGAUUCCGUGUUGGACCCAAUCACGCACCGAACCUCCCGGUGAUGAGGGAACUGAAACCCCAUUUGCUGACCAGCUGUUGGGUCAGGCGGCUUCAUGCUCCGCCAUCCGCUUCGCCGUCCCUUUUCAAGAACGGGCAACCCAGUGACGACCACCUGAUCUCUCUCUGCCAGCGAAGUCUCUACAGGGAAGCUCUCGAAGCGUUUGACGCCUUGCGAAAGACCCCGGAUUCUCGGCUAAGUACCAAGGCCUGCGUCGGUCUGAUCUGCGCUUGUUCCGGUCUGAAGUCUUUGAAGUAUGGCCGCCGAGUACAUGAUUGCAUUCGCGCUUCCGGAGUUCAAACGGACGUUAUACUGGACAACCAUAUCGUUAACAUGUACGGGAAAUGUGGGUCAAUGGCGGAUGCGAGGAAGGUGUUUGAUGGAAUGCGCCACAGGAAUGUGGUUUCUUGGACUUCCCUCAUUGCUGGAUACUCACAGAAUGGUCAGAAUAGUGACGCUCUGCAACUGUACUUUGAAAUGUUACAGUCAGGUUUUUGGCCUGAUCACUUCACUUUUGGGAGUGUUUUGAAGGCUUGUUCCGGGUUGGGAGGUGUUGGCUUAGGGAUGCAACUGCAUGCCCAUGUUGUGAAAUCAGAGUUUGGUUCUCACCUUAUAGCGCAGAAUGCUCUUAUAGCAAUGUACACGAAGGUGGAUAGAAUUGGUGAUGCGUGUAGUGUAUUUCGUCGCAUAAAAGAGAAGGAUUUGAUUUCAUGGUGCUCAAUAAUUGCAGGUUUUUCCCAACUCGAUCACGAGCUACAAGCCUUGUGCUACUUCAAAGAAAUGCUUUGUCAGGGUGUAUAUCAGCCAAAUGAGUUUACAUUUGGCAGUGUUUCCAGUGCUUGCGGGAACCUGCAACAACCGGAAAUUGGAAGACAGAUCCACGGGAUUUGCAUAAAGUUUGGAUUUGCGGGAAAUAAAUUUGCGGGAUGUGCCCUUUGUGACAUGUAUGCUAAAUUUGGCCUCUUGGGUUCGGCUAAGAUUGUGUUUCGUCAGAUAGAAACGCCUGACUUGAUAUCUUGGAAUGCAGCUAUUGCUGGAUUUGCUACUAAUGGUCAUUCCAAUGAGACGAUAUCAUAUUUCAAUCAACUGAGGCGUUUAAAUUUCCAUCCUGAUGAUAUCACUGUCCGCUCCUUAUUUUGUGCUUGUAUGAGUCCAUCGUCACUCCAGCAAGGUAAGCAGAUGCACUCGUACAUUAUCAAAAUGGCAUUUGUUCUAGAUAUUUCAGUGUGUAAUGCGUUAGUUACCAUGUAUGCAAAAUGCUCCAACCUCAUGGAAGCAUUUAAGGCAUUUGAAGAGAUGAGGCACCAUGAUGAUCUCAUAUCGUGGAAUGCAAUUCUUGUUGCAUGUAUGCAGCACAAAGAGUCUACGGAGGUGUUCAAAUUGUUUAAACUGUUGCUCAUUUCUGAAGUGAAGCCUGACUAUAUCACAUUAACUACCAUGAUCGGGGCCUACACUGAAAUGGCAUCUCUAGAAAUGGGAAACCAGGUUCAUUGCUAUGCCAUGAAAACUGGGCUGGUUCUUGAUGUUUCUGUUUCAAAUUCGCUGAUUGACAUGUAUAUGAAGUGUGGAUCCGUCAAAAUUGCACGCAGUCUCUUCGAUUCCAUUGUAAAUCCUGACAUCAUCUCAUGGAGUUCUCUGAUUGUGGGGUAUGCUCAGUUUGGACAUGCUGAGGAAGCUCUUAAGCUUUAUGAAAAGAUGAGAAGCCUUGGAGUUAAGCCAAAUGAGGUAACAAUUGUUGGGGUGCUCACUGCUUGCUGUCAUGUCGGACUAGUGGAGGAAGGAUGGGAAUUAUACAAAACCAUGGAACUAGAACAUGGGAUUAUACCUACUAAAGAGCAUUCUGCUUGUGUGGUUGACUUGCUUGCUCGUGCUGGUCAUUUAUAUGAAGCAAAAGGUUUUAUCAAACAAAUGGAAGACACUCCUGACAUUGUGGUAUGGAAAGCUCUGUUAGCUGCCUCUAAAACGCAUAAGAAUCUUGAAAUUGGAAGAUGGGCCGCAGAGAAUCUCCUCAAGCUAGAUCCCCUUAAUGCUACUGCUCAUGUGUUGCUUUGCAGUAUGUACGCUUCUACUGGCCAUUGGGAUGAUGUCGGAAGAUUAAGGAGCUUGAUGAGGGAACUAGGUGUCAGCAAAGUUCCAGGUCAAAGUUGGAUUGAAAUUAAAAGUAGGGUUCAUGCUUUCUUGGCUGAUGAUAAUCUGCAUCCUGAAAGAGACAAAAUAUACCAAGUGAUGGGGGAACUGUGGUUACAACUGCUAGAUCAUGAUUACGUUCCAUUCCAAAAUCGUGUGUUAAGCAGAUUGAGUUGAAGAAAAUUAAUGCAAAUGUGCACCUCUACUACCCGGAAUUGCAUAUAGGAUUCUCGGUUCAUUAUGGUUCCCUGGAAAAGGACUUGCCAGACUGCUGCAGGAUUUACUAGAUGAAUGAAGAAGCGGCUUCUUCUGGUGUCUAAAAUGCCCACAGAACUGGAGGUUUAUUCUUGAUUCAUGUAUUUGUCUCUAUUACCUUAAAAAUGGGAUUUUUUCCAGCCAUGACAGUAGGUCUUCUAAGCUCCAAUGGAGAAGCAUCUAAGAGCUCAAGAGGAGGCUGCUGGAGAAAACUCGGCCUUGACAGAGGUGCCCACAGACGUAAUCUCCUACAUACUUUUGAGACUGCCAGUUAAGAUGCUGUUGCGAUUCAAGUGCGUUUCAAAAUCGUGGUGCUCCAUCAUCGAACACCGGUCGUUUGCUGAUUUAGUUUUAGCUCAGUUACUUGGUCGCUUCGACAUCACCUUGCUCAUCUGUAUCAUGGACAACAUUGAGCCAAGUUGCUUUGGCCGUGUUGGCCGCAGGCACUUCAGCUUAGACCAUCAAACUGGAUUAGCCACUCCCUUGAGCCAACUGGGCCAGACUAUCAACAUGACUGUGGAGGAUUCGCAGAGCGUCAUUGGCCUAAUUUGCUUCGAAAUUGGGGAUCUUACUUACCUAUGCAACAUCAGCACUGGAGAGGUCAAGGCCCUUCCGCCUACCGGUCCCGAUUUCCCCGUCCAUUUGCACCGUAACAUCCGCAGCUUCAGUGUCUUGGGCUUUGAUCCGGUCGCAAAAGCACAGAGUCAUGGAGACAUGGGUUCUGAAUGCCCUCAACCAUUCAUGUGAAGUAAUCACCGCACACAAGAUUGACAUAGGGAACCGGUUCGUGGAGGAAAAUUGGUAGCGGCACUAUUGAGUUUCCUUUGGGAGGUAGCAUUUGCGUUAACGAAGCUAUUCAUUUCCUGAUGCUUGAAUCAGGUGCAUAGGCCUGAAGUUGAUACCAUUCAGUGGUCCUCUGACGGUGUUAGACUAUGAGCACCUUGAGGAUGGAAACAUCAUCUGAAUGUAUGUACUAGAGGAUUAUGCUAGUCAAGUUUGUGCAGAAUGUCAACUCGUGCUACCCCUUAGUUGGAAAGAGAAUCAACUGCAUUCUUGGCGGUUUCUCGUUGUUAGUGUCCGUGCUGGAAAACUCUUGAUUGCUCCAAAGGUUACAACUGGUGAAGUGUACUUGCUGUCUUAUGAUGUAGAGAACGGGACUCUGAAGAAGGUCCAAGUCCGUGGUCUCCGCAAAUCCCUAUUGAGGAGUUCUGUGAUCAUCCCUUGUGCACUCAUUGGAUUUGUGCAUAGCAUUUUGGCUUUUAGUGAGGUUUGCUCGUAAAGCUGUCGCACAAACCUUUCUUCUAUAUAGUAGCAGUGUAGGCAAUUAGCAUUACCACAUAUAUUUGAUUAAAAUAUGUCCUUUAUGGGUUA